AUGAAGAUUCAUGGAGAAUCCACCCCAGUUCCUAAACAGUGGAAUAAAUACAUCUCAAAUGUGAAGAAUAAAGUAAGCCUUUGUGCGUUUCUGACAGAAAGCUUCUGUGAAAUUGGAAAACGUCAGCUUCAGCCAAACAAGCAACUUGUCAUUGGAGGAGGAAUGAGGGACGGAGACCUUGCACUAUCGGUCAGGAAUGGUCAAAGUCUUACCGUUCCAACUUUAGUAUCAGAUCAUGAGGCAGACAUGAGAAUCAUAAUGCAUGCAAAGCAUGCUUGUGAAGAUGGUCAGGAUUGUAGUACAGUCCCGACACUGACGUUCUGCUUCUCUGCGUGUCACAUUAUCGUGAAAUUGGAUGCCAGCAUGCAACUUAGAGCUUACCAAUUCCAAAUGCUCUAA